GACAUCUUCUGGAGCUUCGUGCUCAUGGGCUGGACCGCGUUCGGCGGCCCGGCUGCGCACAUCGGCAUCUUCGAAAAGGUUUUCGUCGAGGCGAAGCGAUGGAUGUCCCCGACCGUGUUCAACGAGCUGCUCUCCCUGGGGCAGUGCAUGCCCGGUCCGACGUCCACGCAGGUGUCGUUCGCCAUCGGCGUCGUCCAGAAGGGCAUCCCCGGCGGGCUGAUGUCCGGCAUGCUGUUCCAGUACCCCGGGCUGCUCAUGAUGUCGCUCGCGGGUGCCGGCGCGGCUGAGAUCUUGGUCAACCCUGACGCAUGGCUCCGCGGUUUGAGCGCGGGACUCUCCGCGGCGGGUGUGGCGCUCGUGGUGUCCGCCGCGGUGGGUUUAGCUAAGGGCCAGUGCAAGGAUCAGAUCACCUCCGCGCUGUGCCUCAUGUCGGCGACGAUCGCGUAUUACUAUCAGUCCAACUGGAUCUUCCCUCUGCUCAUCGUCGUCGGCGGUUUGACCACGCUGUACACCAAGCGCAACGACGACGUCGCGCUUCCCGACCGCAAGGAGCAGAUCCACCACCUCGGGCUGUCGAAGCUGAGCGGCGGAAUCCUAAUCGUCGCGUGGCUCGUGAUAUGGAUCGCCGUCGCGUCCGUCGUCAACACCAGCGACUACGACGGCAACGAGGAGUUGUACUGGUUCGAGGCUUUCUACCGCACGGGCUCCAUCAUCUUCGGCGGCGGCCAGGUGGUCCUUCCCCUCCUCUUGAAGGACGUCGUGCCCCGCGCGAACUCGUGGAUCACCGAGGAGCAAUUCUUCGCGGGCCUGGGCGUGGUGCAGGCGAUGCCCGGCCCGUUGUUCAACCUCUCCGCGUACAUCGGCGCCCUCGCCGCGAGGCGCGCGGGGAUCAACGUCCUCGCCGGCAUCUUCGCCGCGUGGUUCGGCCUCUUCGGACCGGGCGUGAUGCUCAUCUACGGCGUCCUCCCCUUUUGGGGCGCCUUCCGCAAACAACCCGUGUAUCGGCGAGCGCUGCCGGGCCUAAACUCCUCCGCGGUGGGGUUGGUCGUCGCCGCGGUGUUCCAGAUGUCGUUCAAGGUGA